AUGGGGUAUGUUAUCGGCAACAUCUAUGUCAUUACGACCAUUGCGGUCAUUGGCGGUGCCCUCUUCGGUUUUGACAUCGCAUCGAUGUCAGCCAUUCUGGGCACUCAGCAAUACAAGUGCUUCUUCAACCAAGGCGGAAUUGAGAAUGGUUCCUGUGCGGGACCUUCUUCGUCCACGCAGGGUGGUAUUUCGGCUGCCAUGCCCGGUGGCUCCUUCGUGGGAGCUCUGGUCUCGGGUGUCUUGACGGAUUGGUUCGGACGCAAGCGUGCGAUCCAGAUUGGUGCUGUCAUCUGGUGUAUCGGCAGUAUCUUGGUCUGCUCCUCUUACAGUAUCGGCCAGCUCGUUGUCGGCCGUUUCAUCAACGGUUUCUCCAUUGGUAUCUGCAGUGCCCAGGUUCCCGUCUAUGUCUCCGAACUGGCCCAGCCCAGCAAGCGUGGACGUGUCGUCGGAGCGCAACAGUGGGCCAUUACAUGGGGUAUUAUGAUCAUGUUCUAUAUCUCCUAUGGCUGCAGUUUCAUCAAGGGAACCGCUGCCUGGCGUCUCCCCUGGGGCCUGCAGAUGAUCCCGGCCAUACUCCUCUUCAUCGGCAUGCUCUUCCUCCCUGAGAGUCCCCGUUGGCUCGCCAAAAAAGACCGCUGGGAGGAGUGCCACGAGGUGCUCGCCCUUGUCCAUGCCAAGGGUGACCGAUCCGCUCCUUUCGUCCAGACCGAGCUGCGGGAAAUCCGGGAGAUGGCCGACUUCGAACGCCAGAACGCCGACGCCAGCUUUAUCGAGCUGUUCAAGCCCAACAUGAUCAACCGGACUCAUAUCGGUAUGUUCACACAAAUCUGGUCUCAAUUAACUGGCAUGAAUGUGAUGAUGCUUUAUAUUACCUACGUCUUUGGCAUGGCGGGACUUUCUGGUAAUGCCAAUCUGGUGGCAUCUUCGAUCCAGUAUGUCAUCAAUGUUGUGAUGACCAUCUUUGCUCUGAUCUUCAUCGACCGCUGGGGUCGCCGCACCCCUCUCCUGGUCGGUUCCACCCUUAUGAUGAUAUUCAUGUUUGCCAACGCAGGCUUGAUGGCCAGCUACGGCAAGCCAGCUCCUCCUGGUGGUGUUGACAACACCCCGGAAGAAUCUUGGGAUAUGUCGCAAGCCAAGUCGGCUGCCAAGGGGAUCAUCGCGUGCACCUAUCUCUUCGUGGCCUCCUACGCUCCUACAUGGGGUCCCGUCUCGUGGAUCUAUCCCCCCGAGCUGUUCCCUCUUCGUCUGCGCGGAAAGGCGGUUGCGGUGUCGACCUCGUCUAACUGGAUUUUCAACUUUGCUCUAUCUUACUUUGUGCCUCCUGCCUUCGAGAACAUCAAGUGGAAGACCUAUAUCCUGUUCGGAGUAUUCUGUGCCGCCAUGACGAUCCACGUCUUCUUCCUGUUCCCCGAGACUGCAGGUAAGACCCUCGAGGAAGUCGAGGGCUUGUUCGAGAAGGGUGUGAAGCCGUGGAAGACCAAGGUCCAGUACCAGAACGUCCGCAGGAUAGAGCAUGGGACGGACGUCGAAAGUGAGCCUAGGGCAGAGGUCAAUGAGCUCCCUGCCGAGAAGGACGGUCCUUCCGUUACGCAGAUUGCGUGA